CGCACGGUAACUAUGGAAACGCGGCCUAGUGGGUUCCCCCAGGCCUUGGCUCUCCGAACCGGAGGGCGUUUCCGUUAUUCCAGACCCCGGUUUUUCGGCUAGCGAGCUCUCUAGCGGGGACCUUUCUUCGGCCCCACCUGGGUUGUGGCCAUGCCUCCUGGGAAGGCGGGGGAGAAAGAGGCUUUGGUCCUGCAGUGCGAAUGGGAAAUCUGCAGCUUUGUGGCUUCGAAGAUGGAAGAGUUCUGUGAACAUAUGUCGAAGCACCUGCAGCAGCAUCUCCAGGGCAAAGAGGAGGACAGCGAGAUGGAUUCUCUUGAAGAACACGCUUGCCUCUGGCAGGAGUGCGGCUUCUGUUCUCCCGAGAGCCCUGCAGAGCUCGUCCGCCACGUUUACUUCCACUGUUACCACACCAAGCUGAAGCAGUGGGGACUGCGUGCCUUGCAGAGCCAGUCCGACUUGACUCCCUGCCAGCUGGACUUCCAGAGCCGAAACAUCAUCCCUGAAAUCCAGGAGAACUUCCUUUGCCUUUGGGAAUACUGUGAGCGAGCUUUUGAUAACCCUGAAUGGUUCUACAGGCAUGUGGAAGAUCACAGUUUCUGUGCAGAGUACAAGGCAGUUGGGAAGGAGAACCCCAUGGUCUUCUGUGGGUGGAAAGAGUGUGACUGCACCUUCAAAGGCCGAUGUAAGUUGCGUGAACAUUUGCGCAGCCACACGCAGGAGAAGGUGGUGGCUUGUCCCACCUGUGGUGGGAUGUUCUCCAAUAACACCAAGUUCUUUGAUCACAUUCGCCGGCAGACAGCUUUAGAACAACAGCGAUUCCAGUGUUCGCACUGCUCCAAGAGGUUUGCCACUGAGAGGCUGUUGCGGGACCACAUGAGGAACCAUGUCAACCACUACAAGUGCCCUCUCUGUGACAUGACCUGUCCGCUGCCCUCCUCCCUGCGCAACCACAUCCGCUUUCGACACAGCGAGGAGCGGCCUUUCAAGUGCAACUACUGUGACCACAGCUGUAAGAAUCUUAUUGAUCUACGGAAGCACUUGGACACGCAUAGCAAAGAGCCGGCCUACCGCUGUGAAUUUGAAGCCUGCAACUUCAGCGCCCGAUCCCUCUGCUCCAUCAAACUGCACCACAAGAAGGUUCAUGAGGGCGAUUCAGAGCCACGCUAUAAGUGCCACGUCUGUGACAAAUGUUUCACACGGGGGAACAACCUCACUGUUCACCUCAGGAAGAAGCAUCAGUUCAAAUGGCCUUCAGGCCAUCCUCGUUUCAGGUACAAAGAACACGAGGAUGGGUACAUGCGCCUUCAGCUGGUGCGGUACGAAAGCGUGGAACUGACCGAGCAGCUGCUGAAGGACCGGGAGAAGCAGGGCGGGUCACUGGACGAUGCCGCCCAGUGUGUGAUGCUGGCAGGGUCAGAAGGCGGCUUGCAGGGCAUCAUCCUGGAGUCGCCAACGGAGGAGGCGGCUGAGACAGAUGUGCCAGCAGCUCUGCCAACCCAGAGCCCUGCACCACCACAUGCCGAUGCGUCCCCGGACCGUGAGCCAAGUGCACCUUCCAGCCCGAUCAUCCGUGUGGUGAACAGGACCAAUGAGCACGGAGAGAGCGAGACCGUGUACUAUGUGAUGGCUAACGCCCCAUCCGAGAGCCGGGCAGUUGUGCCUAGUGGGUUUGUUCCAGAGUCAGAGGAGAAUGUCAUGGACAGGCUGCAGAAGACCGCUGAGGAACUGGGCAUUCAGAUUCUCUGAGGCUCCUUGUCCUGCUUGGGGUCUUUCCCCCACCCCAGUGGACAUUCAGAAUUUGCCAGUGCUUUGCCUUGGCUCCUGGUCAAAGUGUACAUUCUCGAAUGAGCAUUUUGAGGACAGGGUGCCGUGAGGUGAGAGGUGGGGGAAAGGUUCCCCCCCCCAAAUGCCCUUUGUAGGCUCCUUCCAACCUGGGACCUGGUUGUACAGCUCCUGGCGAGGGGCAAUCUGG